AUGUAUGGUCACAUAUUCUGCGACGCCCGUGAGGUGACCGGUAAAAAUGGUCGAAUGAAAAUGCUCGGCGCCCGUAAAGUUGGCGGCCUGGUGCCACCCAGUUGUGGGCCGUUGAAGGUCCACGUUCUGCUCAUCAUGGAUGAUGCCAUGUCCUACAAUGGUACCCCUACCGAAGCUCCCAAAGCUCCCGAAGAAGAAUCCGGGUGGGCUGUCGCUACUCCUAUUCAGGUUGGUCAGGUUUUCAUCGGUAUGCUUGGUCUUGUUGGUAACCUUGCAUGCGUCCUCGUGCUUCGGAGACAUUCAGUGAGAAACAACACCAACUUGUUGAUUGUCAAUCAAGCCAUCAUCGACUGUAUCGUAUCAGGGCUCCUUGUCGCCUCUACCCUUUCCGAUGUCGGUGGAAUCCGAUCAGUCAAGAAGUCCGGUCUGGCUGCAAGGGUCUACUGCAACCUCUGGAAUUCGUUGGUAUUGGUGUUCGGUGGCUUCGCAAUUUCCACCUUCAACCUCGUGGCCCUAUCCAUCGAACGCUACGUGGCUGUGCUUCAUCCAAUAUGGUACCUCCAGAAUUUCAAGAAGCGUGCCGUUCACCUGCUGAUAGUUUCUACCUGGGUUCUUGGACCCAUAUUCCAGGUUCUUCUGGUUGCUCUACACUACGAUACAACGGACGAAGGUACUUGUCGCUACACGCCUCGAUACAGAGGCAUCCUCGUCAUGCUUUUCUUCUGGGACUAUUUCAUCCCAGCGUGCAUCAUGACAUUUUCCUUUGUGGCCAUAAUACGUAAAUUCCGGAAGCUGAACAGAGUGGCCCACGAGCGAGGCGCCGGCGAGUUCAAGAAGACGAACGUUUUACUGAUACCAUCCACUUCGAUUCAACCAGGAACUUCCAAACAACCACAGUCAUCCGAACGGCCGGCUCAAAACAGUGCAGAACUCAUAGGCACUAUUACCAAGAGUGAUGACGUGCCUCCUGUAGAGGCAGCACAGCAAUUCUCGAGUAAUCAGCUUGAAGUUCCUGCAGUCAUCAACACAAAGAAGUCUUCAACGCCUGGCGAUCACAACAAAUGCGAUGCCAAAGACGCUCCAAAACCCUCGUCAUCUGGACAGGGAAACACCUCUGGAGCGCCUGCUCGUACGGACAAGGACGCCGCAGGUGCGCUUCAACGACGUAACACGACCAAGGUUCUCCUAGCCAUGUGCAUCAUCUACUUAGUCUGUUGGUCUCCUAACCAGUGGACAUUCUUGCAGUACAACCUUGGAGGAAAAGUCGGCUUCAGCUCCUCGUGGUAUCGCUUCUUGGUCAUCAUGGGGAAUCUCAACACAUGCAUUAAUCCGUUCUUGUUCGCGCUCCGUCUGAAGGUGUACCGCAACGAGGCUAGGGCGAUGCUGAGGAACUUCCUGGCACGUUUCUCUCGCGACUGA